UUAGGCAGGAUGCGGGCGGGGAUCUGGAAGAUGGCUGGUGGUGACGUAAGGGUCGAUCCGGGGACCCCACCAUUAUUAAUUACAUCUAGGGAAUGUGGAGUGGUUCCUUGCCCGGAGUCCCUGUGGAUAGUUGGAGUCAGCACUCUCUUGGGCUUCGAAAGUAGAUCUUUUUUGACGCGACCCUGAUUUCCUCUUCUCUAGGAUGAAGACGGGCCUUGCCGAAGAUGGAUAGCCGGAUUCCUUAUGAUGAUUACCCGGUGGUUUUCCUGCCUGCCUAUGAAAAUCCCCCAGCAUGGAUUCCUCCUCAUGAGAGAGUGUACCACCCAGACUACAACAACGAGUUGACUCAGUUUCUGCCCCGAAUCGUCACAUUGAAGAAGCCUCCUGGAGCUCAGUUGGGAUUUAACAUCCGAGGAGGAAAGGCCUCCCAGCUAGGCAUCUUCAUCUCCAAGGUAAUUCCUGAUUCUGAUGCACAUCGAGCAGGACUUCAGGAAGGGGACCAAGUUCUAGCUGUGAAUGAUGUGGAUUUCCAAGAUAUUGAGCAUAGCAAGGCUGUUGAGAUCCUCAAGACAGCCCGUGAAAUCAGCAUGCGUGUCCGCUUCUUUCCUUACAAUUAUCAUCGCCAAAAAGAGAGGACUGUGCACUAGAGAAUUGCAGCCCACAGUCCUCCGUGUGGAAUCAGCCAGGACAAGCCGGCUAGGCCCCAAGGAAGCCACUUGGGAAAUUCUACUUCUCAGCCACUCUCUGGCAUAGUGGAGAGGGGAGGGUGGGGACAUAGCGAGGCAACUGCAUUACCCAAACUGUUCUGCACUUUUAGUUCCCUAGUUUUCUAGGUGAGCUUCAUUCCCUGAAAGGAGAAGGGUGAUGAUGUCUAGGUAUAACCUAGCCUGUGGGGAACCCAGCUGGAAAAGGCAGAUGACAUCUGUUGAAUAAUGUGGGCUAAGGACUCACACAUGUCAUAUCAUUUUUGUUAUAGAAAUCAGUAGGAAAAAGUAUCUUGGGGACCUCCCAUCUGAUUUGCCUGGCCAUCUCCUCAUCCCAUCUUUAUAAUUAACUGGAGCUCUCAUACACUUUGGAGACUCCAACAAGACCCUGUUUUUGCCCCUUCCUCCUCCUAUCCUCUCCCCAAAAAAGUAAAACUUAAUUUUGAAUAUA